AUGCAAGCCCAAACCUUGCAGAAGCAUACGGCUGGUGAAACUGGCCCUGUUCACGGACAGAACCACGGAGUCUAUAACCAAGAACACCAGAACCGUUACUACCAGCAGGUUUCUCAGCCUACUGUGGUCAAUGGAAAUAUGAGAGAUUCCAACAUGCAGACGAUCACCCAUGCCGUUGGCAACAUGAACUUGCAAAACCAUCGUCCUGGUGGCAAGUUUGGUGGUUUCAAAGGAAAUAUCCCUGUUCCACAUGGUGCUAACAAUGAUAUUGCUGCCAUGCAGCGCCCUCAUUACAAUGGGCAAUACCUAAUAGUGCCUAAUGGAAGUAUGUUAGGAGGUAUAUCUACUGCAAAUCAGUAUGGACAUCCCCGUAAUCAAGCUGCUGACCAAGGUACUUCAGUCCCAUAUUUGCCUACCGGAAUAUACCCGAACUUCGUGACUGGCCCUUCAGUGGUUCCUGGUUCUGUCCCAGGCUACACCUGGCCUUAUGCUAUGAAUGGGGAGGCUGCUGAUCUCUCCGGUCCUCGUCGUGAUUCAUGGUCCUCUGUCGAGGAAAACCACCCUUGUACUCCUGGAGUUGACCAGCCUGGGCAGCAAGAAUGUUAUCCUGCAGUUGCACCAAUGGAUCGUUCCCCAAUGCUGUACAAUUACAGCACACCAUCCCCGUCAGUGGUGCCGCAGCCCUACUUACCCUUUCAGAUGAUGAAGGGCGCCAACGGCUAUGUGUUGCAGGAUCUUGAUGCCUUGACUCAACAGGAUCCUCCAAUUCCUCGUGCAGUGCCUGCCAUGUGGACCAACCCCUCAGACCUGACUCUCGCAAAGUGCCUGGAGAAUAGAGAGGGGAUUACCAAUGUCUAUAUCCGUGGUUUCCUUCCUGAAACAACCGAUGAAAUGUUGCAUGCUUACGCAUCUCGGUUUGGCAAAAUUGACCGUUGCAAGGCAAUCGUUGACCUUGAAACAGGCCUCUGCAAAGGAUUCGGAUUUGUUCAGUUUUUCAGCUUUGAUGCCUGUGAAAACUGUAUUCGAGGCUUCUUUCAUCUAGGCUAUCAGGCCAGCUUUGCCCAAAAAUCUCGUAAUUCUCGACUUAAGGAUCUUGAGGAUAAGUGUUCUACUAACGUCUAUUGCACUAAUGUACCCAUCGACUGGGUGGAAGCGGAUCUUCGUCGCCAUUUUCAACCAUAUCAAGUUGUCUCCGAGAAGAUUAGCCGCGAUGAGAAAACUGGUGUCAGUAAGGAGGUUGGAUUUGCCAGAUUUGAGUCCCGCGAAGUUGCGGAGAAAGUAUUAUCUCAGUUCCACAAUGUUACCGCCAAGGAUGGAGUCAAGCUUCUCCUCCGAUUCGCAGACACUAAAGCACAGAAACAUCUUAAGAUGCAGAGUAACGAACGUCGUGCAUAUCGUGCUGGCGAAUACAAUUAUUCUGUCGAGAUGGUUAAUGGCUCUACCCCGUCACCAACCCUUCAACGUCUACAGCAGGCAGCCUCUCAUUUCAGCCCAAACUCGCAGGCAAGCUUCCCUUCUCCGUUGGGAGUUGGUCCUGUCUGGACUCCGGCAACCUCCAUUUCUCCACCUGGCCCGAUGAUAAACAAGUCUGUCAAUGGUCUUCGUCUUAACUCCUGGGCGGCACGCAGCAACGUAAAUAUGGAGAACACCCCAAGCUACCGCAGUCGCCCAUCUCUCAAUACUCAAGGCUCUUAUGGAGACAGCCUCUCCACUGGCUCUUCCAGGACUGUCAUGCCCAUUCCGCCUGGUGUGACAAAAUCUGAAAAUUCCAGCCCCCGAAAGGAGAAUUACCGUGCAGGAUCUAGUUCUCCUCUAGGUUGCCGUAGGGAAUUUAUGAUUGCUACCCCAAAGUCCUCUACUUAA